AUGGUUGGUAAUGCGGGUAGCCUGGUCGCCAACACUGCGAUCAACACCCAGUCUGCCGAUCCUGCAGACUCGAACGACUCCACCCUCAUCCAGCACCAACACAUCAAAUCAACACCUCCCUGUUUGAGGGUAGUCCGGCUGUCGUUACUGGUGCCAGAUCCUGCAGACUUGGGCGUCUUGAACAUCGUCUUGCCUCCACUCGCCGUAUCGGCCCUUGCUACCUUGCUCCGGGAAAGCCAGGACGCGGCCUCUGCGACCACCACUCGCUCGUCUCUCAUGGUCUCUACCCUCCGUACAGGCACUCUCAACCCUUCUAGCUCACCUGCUCCUUCGUACCACACGCGAUUGGACAACUCUGAUACUGAAUCUACUCACUCUGACUGGAACAGUGGAGAUUCACACGAGCACGAAGAUCAAGAGCAGGACGAGGAGGAUGAACAAGAGAGCAGGCAUGAUGAUGAGCCCUUACCUGUGUAUCGUCAUCCACCCCCCUAUACUCGCACUGCCGUUCCAACAACAUCCUCCGCUGCGCCAAGUCCAUCUCAUUCACCCCGUCCCUCUCCACCCCCCUCACAUCGCAAAGUCAACCCGAUCAAGCCCCCCCCUCAGUGGAUCAUUCCAUCAAGGGCCGAAGUGCAUGCAGCUGUAGCAGGUAUAGAGGAGAGAGGGGAUCCUUCUCCUUCGAGGAUGAUGUGGGAGGAUGAACCCUCGACCUGCACUAAGACCCUUUCCUAA